AUGUGUGGUAUCUUCGCGUGCUACAGACAUCCCGAUGUCCAAAAGUUCAAGCCGACCGCCCUGAAAAUGGGCAAGCAGAUCCGGCAUCGGGGCCCAGAUUGGAGCGGCAACCACAUCGCCAACGACACAAUCCUCGUCCACGAGCGUCUCUCCAUCGUCGGUGUUGAGUCUGGCGCUCAGCCGCUCGUCAACAAGGCGGGAACCGUCUCGCUGGCUGUCAACGGCGAGAUAUACAACCACCGCAUCCUGCGCAAGAGCCUCAAGACCCCCUACGAGUUCAAGACACACUCGGACUGCGAGGUCAUCAUCCCACUCUACCUCGAGCAUGGCAUCGACGCGCCCCGACACCUCGACGGCAUGUUCUCGUGGGUCCUCCAUGACAAGGAGAACGACCGACUCAUCGCUGCCCGCGACCCCAUCGGUGUCACCACAUUCUAUAUGGGCAGGUCGAGCGAGACGCCUGGCGCCGUCUACUUUGCCUCGGAGCUGAAGUGCCUGCACCCCGUCUGCGACGACAUUCAGGCCUUCCCUCCCGGCCAUGUCUACGAUUCCAAGACCGACCAGCUCACCCGCUACUACGACCCCAAGUGGCUCAUUGAGCCCUCCAACAUCCCCUCCAACCCGCUUGAUCUGAAGGAGCUGAGGACGUCGUUUGAGCGCUCGGUGCGCAAGCGCAUGAUGGCCGAGGUGCCCUUUGGAGUACUUCUAUCUGGUGGUCUUGAUUCGAGUCUGGUCGCUUCGAUCGCCCAGCGUGAGACGGUGCGCUUGAACGAGGAGACGAGAAGGAAGGCUGCCGAGAACAAGGCCAAGGCCAACAGCAAGGCGACAGACCCCAGCGAACUUGUCGGUAUUGACGCCGACGGUCAGCUCCAGACCGACUUGAUCCUUGGUCAACUCAACUCCUUCUCCAUCGGCCUCCCUAACGCGCCCGACGCCAUUGCUGCACGAGAGGUUGCUGACUUCCUCGGCACCAAGCACCACACAUUCACCUUCACCAUCGAGGAGGGUCUGGACGCUCUGUCGGACGUCAUCUUCCACCUGGAGACUUUCGACGUAACCACCAUCCGAGCGUCGACACCCAUGUUCUUGCUCUCCCGCAAGAUCAAGGCCAUGGGCAUCAAGAUGGUGCUCUCGGGCGAGGGAUCCGACGAGAUCUUCGGCGGGUACCUCUACUUCCACAACGCGCCCGACAAGGCGGCAUUCCACGAGGAGUGCGUCCGCCGCGUCAAGAACCUGCACUUGGCCGACUGCCUGCGGGCCAACAAGUCGACGUCAGCGUGGGGCGUCGAGGCGCGCGUCCCCUUCCUGGACCGCGAGUUCCUCAACCUGUCCAUGAACAUCGACCCCAAGGAGAAGCUGAUCACGAAAGAGCGCAUCGAGAAGUACAUUCUGCGCAAGGCGUUCGACACGUCGGACGAGCCCGAGACGCCCGCCUACCUUCCCGAGAAGAUCCUGUGGAGGCAGAAGGAGCAGUUCUCCGACGGGGUGGGGUACGGGUGGAUCGACGCGCUCAAGGACACGGCGGCGGCGACGGUGACGGACGAGCAGCUGCAGAACCCCAAGCCCGAGUGGGGCAGCGACGUGCCGGACACAAAGGAGGCGUACUGGUACCGCUGCAUGUUCGACGAGCACUUCCCGCCCAGCUGCGCCAGCACCGUCAUGCGCUGGACGCCCACGUGGAGCAACCAGACCGAUCCGUCUGGCCGUGCCAUUGGUGUCCACGAGCAGAAGUACAAGCACGCCGAGUAG